GCAAAACUGGAAGAGCAAAAUCGGCUACUGGAGGCCGACUCCAAGUCGAUGCGUUCCAUGAACGGCUCGCGAAGGAACAGCGGCUCCUCCUUGGUCUCCAGCUCCUCGGCCUCCUCCAACCUCAGCCACCUCGAGGAGGACACCUGGAUCCUCUGGGGCCGCAUCGUCAACGAGUGGGACGAGUGGCGGAAGAAGAAGGAGAAGCUGCUGAAGGAGCUCAUCCGCAAAGGGAUCCCCCACCACUUCCGUGCCAUCGUCUGGCAGCUGCUUUGCAGUGCCACCGACAUGCCCGUCAAAAACCAAUACUCAGAGCUGCUCAAAAUGUCCUCUCCCUGCGAAAAGCUCAUCCGACGGGAUAUCGCCCGCACCUACCCGGAGCACGAAUUCUUCAAGGGACAGGACAGUCUGGGCCAGGAGGUGCUCUUCAACGUCAUGAAGGCCUAUUCACUGGUGGACCGGGAGGUCGGAUACUGCCAAGGUAGCGCCUUCAUCGUGGGACUGCUCCUCAUGCAGAUGCCCGAGGAAGAAGCCUUCUGCGUGUUCGUGAAGCUGAUGCAGGAAUACCGCUUACGGGAGCUUUUCAAACCCAGCAUGGCCGAACUGGGGCUCUGCAUCUACCAGUUUGAGUACAUGCUACAGGAGCAGCUGCCGGAGCUGAACAUCCACUUCCGCUCGCAGAGCUUCCUCACCUCCAUGUACGCCUCGUCCUGGUUCCUCACCCUCUUCCUCACCACCUUCCCUCUUCCCGUGGCCACGCGCGUCUUCGACAUCUUCAUGUACGAGGGGUUAGAGAUCGUCUUCCGCGUGGGGAUGGCACUGCUGCAGUUCAACCAGGCUGAGCUUGUCCAGCUUGACAUGGAAGGCAUGUCCCAGUACUUCCAGAAGGUGAUCCCACACCAAUUUGAUAGUUGCCCCGACAAACUCAUCCUCAGGGCCUUCCAGGUCAAGUACAACCCCAAGAAGAUGAAGAGGCUGGAGAAGGAGUACGCCACCAUCAAGAACAAAGAGAUGGAAGAGCAGAUCGAGAUCAAGCGCCUCCGCACCGAGAAUCGCCUGCUGAAACAACGCAUCGAAACCCUGGAGAAGGUGGGCCCC